AAAUGAUUAUUUAUUUCCCAUUUCUUUCUCUUACAGCUGAACUUUUCUCUUUACAUGAAAUACAAGACAUAGUAGAGCAAGACCUUAUUGCAAUAAAUAAUUUUCGCCGUGGCUUACGAGUGUUUUCCUUCUUCCUCCUCCUCUCCCAUCUCUCUCUCUCUCUUUCUCUUUCUCUCUCCCUCCCUCUCUCUCUCAUUCUCUUUCUCUCUGCAGUUACGCAAUGGUGAAUUUUACACAUGUCUCAGAGUUUGUUCUACUUGGAUUCCAAGGGGGUCCCGGAAUGCAGGCAAUGCUAUUUCUGAUUUUUCUGAUCCUCUAUGGCAUAGCUGUGGUGGGAAACCUUGGCAUGAUUGUAAUUAUCUGGGCAGAUGCACACCUCCACACCCCAAUGUAUGCCUUCCUGCAAAGCCUUUCAUUGUUGGACAUCGGCUAUUCUUCCACAAUUGCACCCAGGGCUCUGGUGAACUCCAUGCAAGAGGACCACACAGUUUCCUUUGGCGGGUGUGCUGCUCAAUUCUUUUUCCUGUCUCUCUUUGGUACCACGGAGGCUUUCCUCCUGGCUGCCAUGGCCUGUGACCGCUUCAUCGCCAUCUGCAACCCUCUUCUGUACUCUGUGAGCAUGUCUCACCGGGUCUGCGUGUUGUUAAUAUCAGGAUCCUACUUGUGGGGUGUAGUCAAUGCCGUUGCUCAAACAACCAUGACCUUCAGGUUGCCUUUCUGUGGGUCCAAUGAGAUCAACGACUUUUUCUGUGAUGUUCCCCCACUCUUGUCCCUCUCAUGUUCGGAUACGUUUAUAAACCAACUGGUUCUUCUUGGUUUAUGUGGCUCCAUUAUUGUCAGUACCUUCUUGAUUGUCCUGGUCUCAUACAUUUACAUCCUCUCAACAAUUCUGAGGAUUCCGACCACGCAGGGACGCCAGAAAGCCUUCUCCACGUGCACCUCCCACCUAACAGGAGUGUGCUUGUUUUUUGGUACCGUUUUCUUCAUGUAUGCACAACCAAGUGCCAUCAUCUUCAUGGAGCAAAGUAAAAUAGUGUCCGUAUUCUACACUAUUGUCAUCCCCAUGCUGAAUCCUCUAAUAUACAGCUUGAGGAACAAAGAGGUCAAGCAGGCUCUGAGACGGAGCAUGUGGAAGCUGUCUUUGUGAUCUCCAUGGAUCUCCUUAGUCAUCCUGGACCUCACCCCAAAGCACUGCUGCCCAUGGAGGUUAUGUCUUAGGAAUAUGGCAUUCCAGGGCUUCUUAAUUUCUUUCUUGAAGUCUGUGAUCCAGAAGACCAGGGGUAUUUUAAUUGUUUUUAUAUGUUUAACGAUAAACAAAAUCAAGGCUUAUGAGGAAUAAAAUGCAGACUGGCGGAAAAGGUGAC